GUCGAUUUCCGUUUCCGGGUCCCCGGGCGCAGUGAGUGAGGUCGGUGUAGCGGCGACGGCCUCCUCCUGUGGUGGCCGGUACCAUGGCCGAGCUGGCGCAGGGACAAAGCGCGGCUGCCGUGGGGAUCAAGCCCGAGGCGUUGGCGGACGCGCUGCACCACCGGGUCCGGCAGAUCGCUGCUAAAAUUGAUGGAAUCCCACACUUGAAUAAUUCCGGACCACUCGUGGACCCUUCAUUGUAUGGAUAUGGCAUCCAGAAAAGACAGCUCGAUGACGGAGUUGGUAACCAGCUAGGGGCCCUGGUACAUCAAAGGACUGUGAUGACAGAAGAAUUCAAAGUGCCUGACAAGAUGGUGGGAUUCAUUAUCGGACGAGGAGGGGAACAGAUUUCAAGAAUCCAGACAGAAUCCGGAUGCAAGAUUCAGAUCGCUCCAGACAGUGGUGGAAUGCCCGAGAGACCCUGCGUCCUGACCGGAGCGCCGGAGAGCAUAGAGCAGGCGAAGCGUCUCCUGAGUCAGAUCGUGGAACGCUGCCGGAACGGGCCCGGUUUCCAUAACGACAUGGACGGGAACAGCACCGUGCAGGAAAUUCUCAUCCCAGCUUCCAAAGUCGGUUUGGUCAUCGGCAAAGGCGGGGAGACCAUCAAACAGCUUCAGGAGAGAACCGGCGUUAAAAUGAUUAUGAUUCAAGACGGCCCAUUACCAACCGGCGCUGACAAGCCCCUCCGGAUCACUGGAGACCCAUAUAAAGUGCAGCAAGCGAGAGAUCUGGUCCUGGAAAUCAUCCGAGAAAAGGACGUGGCUGACUUCAGGGGGGUGCGCAGUGACCUGAGCUCCCGGAUGGGGGGCAGUGUAGAGGUCUCCGUACCAAGGUUCGCGGUAGGAAUUGUGAUCGGUAGAAACGGCGAGAUGAUCAAAAAGAUUCAGAACGACGCCGGUGUAAGGAUUCAAUUCAAACCAGACGACGGAAUCAGCCCCGAGCGAGUGGCGCAAGUAAUGGGCCUCCCUGACCGGUGUCAGCACGCGGCGCACAUCAUCAAUGAUCUGAUCCUGACGGCACAGGAACGGGACGGAUUUGGGAGUCUUGCCAUGACACGAGGAAAGGGGCGCACUCGAAGCGAAUGGAACUAUUGCACGGGAGGGAUGCAAGAGAUCACAUACACCGUGCCGGCAGACAAAUGCGGACUCGUCAUAGGCAAAGGGGGUGAAAAUAUCAAAAGCAUAAACCAGCAAUCAGGAGCCCACGUGGAGCUUCAGAGAAAUCCGCCCCCCAACACGGACCCUGGGGUACGAAUAUUCACCAUCCGGGGCCUCCCGCAGCAGAUCGAGCUGGCCCGGCAUCUCAUCGAUGAGAAAGUUGGGGGAUCUGCCAUUGGAGCUCCGAGCAGCUUUGGUCAGAGUCCUUUCAACCAGGCGCACGCGACACCUCAUCAAAAUGGUCCUCAGGCGUUCGUAACACAGGGUUGGGGUAGCACUUACCAAGCAUGGCAGCAGCAGGCCCAGCAGCUUCCAGGUCAGCAGAGCCAGCAGCAGAACGCGCAGCCAGAUUACAGCAAGGCGUGGGAGGAGUACUACAAGAAGCAGAAUCAAGCGGCCAGCGCCACUUCUCAGCCGAGCUCCCAGCCCGACUACACCAUGGCGUGGGCAGAGUAUUACAGACAGCAGGCGGCAUACUACGGACAGUCAUUGGGACAGACGCAAACCCACAGCCAGGAGCAGUAGAACAAUAAUCCGGGCAGUUUUCAUCAUCUUCUUUUUUUUCUUUUUUCACCCCUACCCCCUCGGAAUCAUUACAGAAGAACCUUAAUUUGUAACCGGUUUUUAGAUUUGCAGACGUUUUUGAUGAAGACUUUUUUUUCUCUUUCUGUUUGUAAAACACUAGUGAAUAUAGGGUUAAAUCUAUACUGAACUUUGCUAAGAAUCAGGAUUCUAUAAUAUACUAAAGAUAUAAAUGUGUUGGGAGGAUUUUUAUUAGUUUUUUUUUUUUUUUUUUUUUUUUUUUGUAUACAUUUCUUACCCUUGAAAAAAAAAGUGUUAAAUGCAUUCUUUUUUGGAACCGAUCAGAUAUAUUAAAGAAAAAAAAAAAAAAGAAUAUAAAACUACAAAAAAAUCUAUUCUGUAUAUUCCUCCACUGUGUAGCCCCUGCCCCCCCUUUUUUUGGUGCUGAUAUUGCAACAUAUUUGUCUCAACUUUUUUUUUUUUUCUUGUCGCAUUCUGUCUAUUGGAGGAUACAGCGUGACGGUCUUAUCAAAAAAUGCGAGAAUAGGUUAUUGCUAUAAAAUUCUGUACACAGCUCAUGAAUUUUAUAAAUGUGUAUUUAAAUAUUCUUAAACUGUAAAUUCACGGAAUGUUUUACGUCUGAUUUUUCUGGUAUUAUGACUGUAUUUGAUUUUAUUGCAUAUUUUUUUUGUUAUUUUUAAGAGAAGUAUCGAUCUGUGUUCGAAAAACAAAAAACUAAUAUUUGAAUCUAUUUCUUGAGACAAGUAUUGUGUGUCGGGGGUAAAAGGGGAGGGGGAGCAGGGUCAUUUUUGUAGGCUUUGUACAAUACCUAGGGUUUUGAAGGGUUAAUAUAAAAAAUAAAAAAAUUAAAGUUAUGAUUGUUAACCCUCAUCCUCCCCCCUGUCCUUCCGGACGGAUUCGGAACACGUCGCGGUGCCAUGUGGUUGGAGUCCGUCUGGCAGGGCGAGGCGGGGGGAGGGGGACAUUUUAUAAAGCAAUGUUUCUCACUUCUGAAGAUGCCUCUGUAUAUCAGACCUUCCAAGCUAGAACAGAAAUUUACUUUUUUUGUGCAGUCAGAAAUAAAUGCUAUUAUUUUUAAUAUGAAAAAUAAGUUUAAAAAAAAAAGUUACAAGUUCUUUAAUGCAAAAAACACUGUGGAACCUUUAACAGUAUGGAAAAAGUUUAAAAAAGAAUCGUAAUAACUAUUUUUUAACUCCAGGGUUUGUUCACGUCGCUUUGAUUUUGUUUUAUUUUUUUUGUUUUGUUUUAAAUAUUUUCUUAUGUAAUUGUUAAAUUUAUCCUAGAAGAAUAAAGCCUAGUAUUAACCGCGGUCUGUGCUAAAGAUGCAAACGUUCUGAUUUAAUAAAAGGGAUCUGAUUUUGAA